AUGUGGAGUAGAAUCGCGGCAUCACGCCGUGCCACCGAGUAACGGAGCGGACGCGGAAUAGAGCGUAUCGCGUGUCGUCUCUGCUCCUCGCGUCCUCGCGGCUUCGAGCUGAGCCAAAACGCGAAGAAACGCGGCAGUCGCGUGUCGACCAGCCAGCCAACAGGACGAGUCGCUGCGAAUCGAACCGGUGUGUGUCUUACAUCUCUUCACCUCUGCCUCUGCAGCUUAAUUACAGAAUUGAUGACUGAAAAGGUCUGCAAGGACGAUUACCGCAAACGUGCUUCGACGGCUGGUACUUUGGGGAACUUCGAUCUGACAGUGCUGCCGAUUUCAAUAGAAUUGCAUCGACCACGAUGUCCUAAAGUUACACAGGAUAGUAAGACCAAUUACGAUAUCUCGAUCGAAAGGCUCGCGAGGAUUCUCACCGAUUGAGAAACUCGACGCGAACUAUCGUGAAUUAUCGUGAAUUCCUAUAAUCGACAAACGUAGUUCCUCCGGAGUCAUCGCUCCAAGGAAGGGUGAAAUACAGAGUGAAUGAAUUUGAUGAGUGGUUGUUGUUGGAUUACGUUCGUUCGGAAAGGGUUCGCCGAUAGAUCUACGUCCAUCCGCCGAUGGAACGCACGUGAACGACGCGGUCACGCGGAUCCUUCCAUCUGAUCGUCGCCGGCGAACGGAAAACCCCGAGGAAGAAAAACCCGAUUUCGAAAGGAGCGACAGGAUGCCAAAGGAGAACAUGUGGCGGCAGAGGAGAAUGCCCGUUCCCAAGAGGACUAUCGAGCUGAUUGCUUUGAUAGCAAUCUCCAGUACGCUCUUUCUUUUCCUGCACACGAGGGAUUUGCAUUCGCGUCUGAAGAAGAUGGAAGUCCGUCUACAACCAGGAGAAGAUGACGUACUUUCAGCGAAUCAGCUCUCUUUCGAAAGUGUCCAAACGGACUCGAAUCCAAGCGGAAUCGUUCAUUACUCAAAUGCGCAACGUAUCAUUACAGAGAAGGUAAUUAACAUGUUAUAUUUCUCCGACGUGCUAGAAGUCAUUUAAUAACUGCGAUUUCUCAUCACGAUAUCACGCUGCAAUCAGAUAUUUGCGCAAGAAAUUUCAAACGAACAAAACCAUCGAUAAAUGAUUAUUAGCUCCGGUAAACAGUUAUACUGUAUAAUUCAUAAUUACUGUGCGAUAACUAAAAACUGUCAGAAUGUAUCGUUCUUUCGCAGAAUGUCACGAUCACGAUCGUUAUUAUUAUUUCGCUCACUCAUUAUAAAACUGUAUCAAAAGCAAAACAAGUCGGAGAGAUGUUAGAGAAGAAAAUGUUAUGAAUAGUUGUAAAUAUAUCAUCAAAUGAACCUCUUUAAAGCUCUUCCAUCAUAGUAACGAUGUAAUGCGCAUAUUAUGAAUCUCCAUGAGCUAGUAAAUUGUUGAAAGAUUCGAUCAACUGCUCCAGGUAUUGUCUACGUAUUAUGGCAGGAAAUAAAAUCGAGGUGGAAAAAAGAUAAAAACCCAUCUGAGAACAAAAAAUAUUCAGCUACGAGCCUUUUUUCCCAGAGGCGAUUCUCUC